UUUUCGCCGUCGUUUCCUUUUGGAAGGCCUGGAUUUUCUACAGAAAAUUUCCGAGGUUUGCUAAGAGUUGCAGAAUGCAGGAGACAGCUGGCAAAGUCGGGCAGAUGAAAGUGGAUGCUGGCCGCAGGGGCGGAGGCAAACGCGGCGGCAACAACCGAAUUUCCGGCAGAACGCUUGCCUUGUUCUUGACCAUCACCAUCGCAUCGUCGCUUACUGCUGGAUGCCUUGCUGUUUCACAAUCGUGAAAUUGCCGGACUUGAAGAACCAUCCACUUCUCCGAGUCUUUCGACCCGAGAAAAUAGGACUAUGCGUCGGUAUAUGUUGGAAGAGCACUUC